CGUUAGACCAGUAUAAAUACAGUAUGGGGUGUGUGCAAUUGCAUUAAGUUAAGUACACUUGGUUCAGUGAGUCACUAAAGCCAUCUAAUCAUCACAAAAUGUACUCCUUGGUUAUCGUCGCCGCCCUCACCGUCGCCACCGCCAACGCCGGCCUCAUCGGCGCCCCGCUAGCCGCCCCCGUGGCCACCAGCUUCAUCGGCACCAAGUCCAUCGCGGUCGCCGCCCCUGCCAUCGCCCCCUUGGGUCUGGCCACCCCCGUCAUCAGCAGGUCGCUCAUCGCCGCCCCCGCCAUUGCGCCUGCCAUCGCCGCCCCUGCCUACGCUAGCCCUCUGGGUCUCAGCUUGGGCGGUCCCUUGAUUGGAAAAUCCAUUUUGGCCCCCGCUGUGUCCACGGUUGCUGUAGGGCCAGCCCUGGCUGCGGGACCCUACCUCAAGGGAUGGUGAAGGGUGUAGUUGUUGCUCUAGGGUGUAAAUAUGUAUUGUUGUUUCGCCACUAAUAAAUGAACGCAUUUUAAACUA